AUGAAGAGAGACUGCAGAACAUGUUGCCAUGAAGUUAACCCUAAAAAAUACGCAGUCCCAGACAACUUUGGCUUGCCUCGUGCGCCGCUUUCGCAACAGCCUUUCGAUGCAAAGCUGCAGACGAUCAGCCUCUCCGGCGAGCACGAGUGGCGCGCUCCGGGCCCCGACGACCAGCGCGGUCCUUGCCCGGGCCUCAACGCAGCCGCCAACCACGGCUACCUCCCGCGCGACGGCAUCGCCACUCGCGAGACGGUCAUCAACGGCCUCCACGAGAUGACGGGCCUCAGCACCGACGCUCUCGUGUUCCUCGAGACGACCACCAGCUUCUUCGACGGCGACCCGGUGUCCGGCAAGUGGUCCAUCGGCGGCCGCACCCCCAAGUCGGCUCUCCUGGGUCCCCUCCAGAACGCUCUGCUUGGCGAACAGAGCGGAAUUUGCGGAUUAGGACAUUUGAAGAGCGAAGGUGACGCGUCCAUCACGCGUGGCGACUUCCUGCAGCCGACCGGCGAGAACAGCAACUGCCGCUCGUACCCCAAGUUCUUCAAGGAGCUCAUCGAUCUUGCGCAAGAGAUGAACGGCGACAAUGAGUACAAGGGCCAGAUCACGCCCCGUGUCAUGGCCGAGCACCAGCACCGCCGCAAGCUGCACUCGAUUGCCAACAACCCGAACUACUACUCGCCCGCCUUUGCCGGCAUUGCCUUCACGCCUGCUGCGCACCACUUCGUCGUCGCCAUGAUGGCCACGCGCAACGAGACGCAGCCCGAGGGCGUCACAGCCAUCCCCGAGCUCAUGGAGUGGUUCAGCUACACGGGAGACCCGUCGAGCGUCGACACGCUCACGUACAAGUACGGCUACGAGCGCAUCCCGAGCACGUACAAGCGCCGCCACCCGGCCAACCAGUGGACGCUCGCCGACAUCGUCGCUGCCGUCGCUCAGCAGGCCGUCGCCUACCCGAGCACGACGGGCGUGGGCGGCAACACCGGCACGGUCAACUCCUUCGCCGGCAUCGACCUCGGCGACCUCACGGGCGGCGCCUACAAUGCGCAGGCGCUCCAGGACCCCUACAAGCUCGGAUGCUUCAUCUCCAACACGAUCCAGAGCCAGGCUCCCACCGCUCUGCAGGGCCUGCUCUCUGGCUCGCAGCUCCAGGCCGCUCUCGACAGCAUCUCGACGAAGCUCAACCCCAUGCUCGACCAGAGCUUCGGCGCGUGCACGGCGCUCUUUGGCGACAACCGCAAGCCCAAGGGCCGCACGGAGCGCGACAUUGCCGGCAGCAAGUACCCCGGCCUCACGCAGAAGGUCGACGACUCGCGCGCCUACUCGGAGCAGCCCUAA